AUGCUAGUAUUGACAAGAUCUCCCGAAUAUCCCUCAAUUGGUACACAGCUUCAAAACUUGAAGAUAGUAAACCUCAGGUUUUCGGCUCUUCGGACUUUUCAACUAAACAAAACUCACUGUGAUGCUGACUACAGUUCCCGGUUUUUGCGGCGAAAACCACUGAUACUGUCAAAGUGGAGUUCAAAUUGGAAAAGUGACCAGUAA